AUGACCUCGGAGAUCUUUUCUGAGCUGAUCGAUCAUAUUGCUGCUAAAAUUGGAGAUAUUCCUCACUUGAAUAAUUCUACAACACUUGUGGACCCGUCAGUCUACGGCUAUGGAGUGCAGAAACGGCCCCUGGAUGAUGGAGGUCUCCGUGGGCUCCAUGGAGCACAGAUCAGAGACACAGAGAGAAUAGGUAACCAGUUAGGGGCCCUGGUACAUCAAAGGGCUGUAAUAACAGAAGAGUUCAAAGUGCCUGAUAAAAUGGUUGGAUUUAUAAUCGGCAGGGGAGGAGAGCAGAUCUCACGGAUUCAGAUAGAGUCUGGCUGCAAAAUUCAAAUUGCUCCAGACAGUGGUGGGAUGCCCGAGAGGCCCUGUGUACUCACUGGGGCACCAGAGAGCAUUGAACAAGCAAAGCGGCUACUGGGGCAGAUUGUAGAUCGCUGUCGGAACGGACCUGGUUUUCACAACGAUGUUGAUGGCAACAGUACCAUUCAGGAGAUUUUGAUCCCGGCAUCCAAAGUGGGUCUAGUCAUCGGCAAAGGAGGUGAAACAAUAAAACAGUUGCAGGAGCGAACAGGUGUGAAAAUGAUUAUGAUCCAAGAUGGUCCUUUGCCUACUGGAGCAGAUAAACCUCUCCGUAUUACUGGAGAUGCAUUUAAAGUGCAGCAAGCGAGGGAAAUGGUACUGGAGAUCAUCCGAGAGAAAGAUCAGGCAGACUUCCGAGGCGUGCGCAGUGAUUUCAGUGCUAGAAUGGGAGGAGGCAGCAUAGAGGUCUCUGUGCCCAGGUUUGCUGUUGGAAUUGUGAUAGGAAGAAAUGGAGAAAUGAUCAAAAAGAUUCAGAAUGAUGCUGGAGUUAGGAUUCAAUUUAAACCAGAUGAUGGGAUUAGCUCGGAGAGAGUCGCGCAGGUCAUGGGGCUCCCGGAUCGGUGUCAGCACGCAGCACACAUCAUCAGUGAGCUCAUCCUCACAGCACAGGAACGAGAUGGCUUUGGAACCUUGGCUGUUGCCCGAGGAAGAGGUCGUGGCCGUGGGGACUGGAGUGUUGGAGCACCUGGGGGCAUGCAGGAAAUCACCUACACUGUUCCAGCUGACAAGUGUGGCCUUGUUAUAGGCAAAGGUGGUGAGAACAUCAAGAGCAUAAAUCAGCAGUCGGGAGCACAUGUGGAGCUGCAGAGAAACCCCCCCCCAAACACAGACCCUGGUGUACGAAUAUUCACAAUCAGAGGGGUCCCCCAGCAGAUUGAGCUCGCUAGACAUCUCAUAGAUGAGAAAGUUGGUGGUACCAGCAUGGGUGGACCUGGAGGAUUUGGUCAAAAUCCGUUCAGCCAAGCACCUGCUACACCUCAUCAAAAUGGUCCUCAGGCGUUCAUGACGCAGGGCUGGGGCAGUACCUACCAGACGUGGCAGCAGCCUGGACAGCAAGUCCCAAGCCAACAGAGCCAGCAGCAGAACAGCCAUCCCGAUUACAGCAAAGCAUGGGAGGAGUAUUUCAAAAAACAGAGUCAUGCUGCCAGUGCUGCUUCUCAGGCAAGUUCCCAGCCGGACUACACGAUGGCUUGGGCAGAGUAUUACCGACAGCAGGCUGCCUACUACGGGCAGACACUAGGGCAGGCUCAGGCCCACAGCCAGGAGCAGUAGAACAAGGUCCUCGCGGCAAUUUUUUUCCCUCGGAAUCGUUGUGGAAGAAAACCUUUUUGUAACAGAGGUUUCUAGAUUUGCAACAUUUUGAUGAAGACUUUUCUGUUUGUGAAACACUAGCUGUAGGAUAAUCUAUACUGAACUUUUCUAAGAAUCAGGAACAAUUAGUAAUGUACUAAACGUAUGGACAUGCUGGUAAUUUUGUUUCCAAAUUUAUAUUAAAACAAACCUCCGGGAUUCUUUUUGGAGAGAAGCCAGAGAAUUUGCAGGCACCAAAACGUACCCCAGAGCUGUGACAUUUCAACAUGUGGGUUUUUUUGUGUGUUUUUUUUUCCUUUUAAUUUUUGAUCUUUUCUGUUGGAACAGAAAGAGUGGCUUGGAAGUCUUAGGUGGUAUGUAACAAAUCUUAAAAAGAAAAAAAAAUUAAACAGUAUUUAAAUAUUCUUAAAUAUGUAAAUUCAUUAAAUGUUUUACUUCUAAUUUCUUGUAUCUUGGCUGUCUUUGAUUUUAUUGCAUUUUUAAAAAACUGAACUAUGAUAUGUAUUGUAAUUAAUGAUAUGAUUUCUGUAUUUGAAACAGUUACUGUUUGCAAGUUGGGGGGGCAUUUUGUAGGGUUUGUAUAAUUUCUAGAGUCUAAAGGGGUAAUAUAAAAACGUGUUAAUUUUUUUAGCAAUACAUGUUUUCAUGUUUCCAUUGCUAGUUGCAUUUAUGUAUCUAAGACCUCCAAGCUUGUUAAAAAAAAGAAAA